AUCGCCGUUUUGUAGAGAGAGAGCUGCGGGAGGGAGGGAGGAGAAGCGAUGGCCGCUUAUCGACGAGGCCUGCUCGGCAUCAUCCUCCGCGCACAGCAGCAUCAGCGCAUGCUCUCAGCAUCAGCAUCAUCGUCUGGAUUCUUGCAGCGCGCUUGUGGAUCUCGUCUUGAUUCCGACUUUAGUUCUUCGUCUUCUUCUACUUCUUCAUAUUCUUAUUACUUUUUGUUGCCUUCUUCUUCUUCGACGAGCUUUGUGAAUGGGACGUAUACUUCGGAGACGUGGUGUGAGCGAGGGGAAGGAUGGAGCGGGCGGUUGUCGUGGCGUCAUUUGGUGGAGAGGUCUGUACAUACGACGGUGUCGAGAGCGGACGACGGGGAGGAAAUCGAUGGCGGGAGUCGGAACGGGGGAGUGAGUAGUGGCGCGGUUGCAAGUGGAGAUGGUGUCGCAGUGGUGGAGAGGGAUGGAGCGCGUGCGAAAAUUGCGAAUGAGGAGGCGAGGGAGUUUGUGCAACAGGCUCAUGUGGCGGCACUCAAGCGGGUGCUGCGCGAGGAUGCUCGCGACACAAUUAGUUAUCAGGAGUUUUUGCAGUUGUGUCGCACUGUGGGAAUGGCGCCCUCGGAUGAGGACGCUGCCGUGAUGGCGCAUGUGUUUAACCAGUCGGGGGUUGUGUUUACCUUCCGGGACAGGGUUCAUUUGCACCCUGAGAAGAUCGCGGAGCUGGUGGCAAAGGUCCUCCCGCUCUCUGUUCUCGGCGAAGACGAUCAGCGGCGGAUAGAAUUGACGGAGCUGGCACGGAAGAAGGAGGAGAUCGACAGGAAAGCACAUAAACAAAUGCGACUCGUGUUGUGGUCGGGGCUUUUUGGCCUCACGAUGCAGGUCUUGCUCUUCUUCCGGCUCACGUUCUGGGAUCUUUCAUGGGACGUGAUGGAGCCUGUCGCCUUCUUUACCACUGCCACUGGUCUCAUCUGCGGCUACGCGUACUUCAUGUUCACAUCCCGUGACCCCAGUUAUCGAGAUUUUAUGCAAAAGAUUUAUCAGUCAAGGCAAAGGAAGCUAUUCAAGAAGCAGAACUUCGAUAUCAAUAGGUUCAAAGAGCUGCAGAUGCAGUGUCAAGCGCCUGUGCCACGAAAGAAGGUGCCGCUGGAGGAUGACGACGACGAUUAAAGAAGAUGUUGAAACUUGAAAACGACUAUUCUUCUUCAUGGUGAGGUCCAUGAAUUUUACUUACAUUUUUGUUGAAGUAGGUUACGAAUUAGCAAGCAUUUGGACAGGAAAAGCCCAGCAUGUCAAUGGAAUUUAGGUAACUUUGAGUUACUCAAUCAUGAUGAACAUUCUGAUUUUCUUUAGAGAAAAAGGUAGCUUCAGAACAUCCCGAGGUUUAGGCCUCAGAACAGGGACUCUGUUAAUUGAAUAGGUCCUUACUGAACACCCGGCGGGUGCUGUAACUCACAUUAGUGAUUUUCUGAUGGAAUCUUACACGCAUUGUAGUGUCACUGCUUUGUGACCUCAAUCACACCUCAAUUCAACUUCGACCA